CCAUUCCAUUCCAUUCCAUUCCAUUCCUCCCUUCCUUCCCCUUCUUUUUCCUAUACCACGCACGCGCCUCCCUUCGCCCACCCCUCCGCCGCCGUCUCCCGCCGAUUGAAACCCCCCAAUUCCCCACCACCAAAAGCAGAAUUUCAUGUCUGAUCUAAAAAAUCAGGGAAAUGGGGGGAGGAAGACAUCCCAUUCCCACCUGACUAUCAAAACCAACCCUUCCUUGGUUUUCAAUCGCUCCAUGACGACCCUGACGCCGUCGUCGUCCGCCGCGGAGGACAAGCACCGCAACCCCCGGUCCUACCAGCGCAACACCUCCAUUAAUUUCUUCAGCGCCUCCAAAUUGAAGGGCAAAGUCCGCAAAAUGUGCUCCUUCUUCGAAUCCCCCAAACGCCACCCCUCCUCCAGCCUCGAAUCGCCCACGCUCUCGCCCUCGCAAUCCCCGACCUCCCCGCCGGAUUCCCCUAAUUUAUGGGACUUUUCCCCAAUCCGCCUCCCCGGGACUGAGGACCGCGUCGUCAUCUACUUCACCAGCCUGCGCGGAAUCCGCCGGACCUUCCACGACUGCCAGAGCGUGCGGAUGGUCUUCCGCGGAUUCCGCAUCAAUCUCGACGAACGCGACGUCUCCAUGGACGUCGCCUACAAGAACGAGCUCCAGGAAUUGUUUGGAGAGGACGAGCUCGUUACUUUGCCGCAGGUGUUCAUAAAAGGGAAACACAUCGGUGGGGCAGAGGUGGCUUUGAACCUCGUCGAAGCCGGGGAGCUUGUCAGGAUGAUCAAGGGGCUUCCGUUCCGGUCACUCAAGCCGUGCGACGUCUGCGGUGAUAUGAGGUUCAUCGCCUGCGUGAAUUGUGGAGGCAGCCGGAAAGUUUACGAUGAGAAGAAGGAGCAGACGAAUCGGUGCACAGUUUGCAAUGAGAAUGGCCUCAUGCGGUGCCCCCUUUGCAGCUCGUGAAUGACAUUUGGUGAUUUCCUACACAUUUUUAAAAGAAAAGAAAGCAGAAAGUAAAAGAAUCGGCUGUGUGUUUGUCAUAUCAUUUUUUGGUGGUUGUGGCUGGUCUCUUUACACGUUUAUGGAUUGUAUAUUGCUUAAGCUGAUAAAAAAAAUUGAUGAUUGAGUAUGCA